CUUCUAUAAUAACUCCCCGGUUGGGAUGGCUUCUUUAUCUGCUAUGUCUCGCUCUCUUCUCCCCCCUCCAUCCUCUCCUCUUUCUAAUGCUUCUCGCGGUCGGGUCCUCCGCUUUUCCUCAAGAAAUGGAGUGGUCCGGUGCUCCGCCGACCGCCAACUUCUCUUCAAUCGCAUUGCCCCAGUCUACGAUAACCUGAACGAUGUGCUGAGCUUGGGGCAGCAUCGAGUGUGGAAAAGGAUGUGCCUCUCUUGGAGCGGAGCGAAGAGAGGGGAUAGAGUUCUGGAUUUGUGCUGCGGGAGUGGUGAUUUGGCUUUCCUUUUGUCCCAAACUGUUGGCCCCCACGGACAGGUGUUUGCUCUUGAUUUUUCAUGUGAGCAAUUAUCAAUUGCUUCAGCCCGUAGAGAUUUACUCUGGAAGGGUUGCUACAAAAACAUUGAGUGGAUUGAAGGUGAUGCACUUAAUAUACCUUUUGUAGACAACUACUUUGAUGCAAUCACUAUGGGCUACGGAUUGCGUAAUCUGUUAGACAAACAGAAAGCUCUACAAGAGAUUUUCCGUGUCCUAAAACCAGGUUCAAGAGUUUCUGUCUUGGAUUUUAAUAAGAGCACGUCUUCGCUAGUCUCCCAAAUUCAGGAGUUGAUGAUAGACAAUGUGGUUGUUCCAGUUGCUAGUACGUAUGGCCUCUCAAAGGAGUAUGAGUACCUGAAAGCAUCUAUAGCUGAAUUUUUAACAGGAAGAGAGUUAGAGAAGCUUGCUAGAGAUGUUGGAUUUUCCAAUUGCAAACAUUAUGAGAUUGCUGGAGGCCUCAUGGGGAAUUUAGUGGCCAGGUCGAUAUGCGAAACUAACGUCCCUGCUCAUGUGGUGUUCGAUCCUGGUAAACCCAUCAUGUAAUGCUGAUGUUGAAUUUUGUAAAAUGGAGUUUAAUGCAAUCGUAAUUUUUUGCCCACACCUGGUUGGGGUAGCCA